CCACGAGGCCUCGGGUCUGAGCGAGAAUACUAGCCUGGACAUCACCUCAGUAGUGUGAUAUGACUGUUAUAAAGUGUAACAGGUCUGCUUCUCUGUCCCCGAGACAGGCUUCUCAGGUCCAUCGCUAAGAGGAGCUGCUCGCGGGAACGCCUCCGAACGCACCUGGGAGAACCCUCCUCGCCAGCCCCACCGCACGGAGAAGGGCUUCGCGCCAAGCCGACGCGCUUUGUCCCAACGCGGCCCCCGUCCACCUCCCUAAGGCUGCCCCGCUGGCCGAAAAGUUUCUCCAGGUGCGGAAUUCCGGACUUGGCGACCACCAGCGCGGAGUGUGCGCGCCAGUUGGGAGCCAGCCCGCCCGACGGCCUGGGCGGAAUUCGAGUCUUCUCACAACUAGGGCACCUACCAGGCACCAGUGGGGGACCACAGACACCUAAGGGGAUGGGAGGAACCCCCAGCGACCAGCUGAGCACUCCUCCUCCAGCCUGGCGCCUCAUCCGCUUCCUCCUCCUCACUAUCACCCUGCGCCUGUGGUAGAGCUUGGCUGCGCUGCUCUGUUAAAGGUGAAAUUCAGAUUGGCUGAGGGCAAUGGAUAUGUCAGAAACUGAAGCAAGAAAGUACUUGUCAGAGGGCGGAGUCAAGAUGGCAUAUUAGGAGGAUGCGGAAUUCGCGUCUCCUCACAACUAGGGCACCUACCAGGCACCGGUGGGGUACCACGGACACCUAAGGGGACAGGAGGAAACCCCAGUGACCGGCUCUCAUGUGUGACUGUAAGUCUAGUGCAUCGUUAACCUAAGGACCUCACCACUUGGAAGUUACAGUUUUCGUCAUCAGCUUACCUUAUCCUUUUGGUCUGGUUGUUUUCCUCAAACACUGGAAACAUCUUUCUUUCAAGUUGCUUUUGUUGAAGAGUUAGGCAAAUGGCUGAUAGCAGCUGUGGUAAAAAAUCCACAAAAUGCCCCAACUGUUCAUCUGCUUCUCAGAGAAAUGUGCUUUGUGUAUGUUCUUGUAAAACAAAGCUUUCUCCAAUGUCAGUGGUGGAAAUGUCACAGACAUCGAGCACUGGUAGUUCAGAAUUUACAGUUUCACCAGAGAGAAAAAAAGAAAGACAAGCCAGCAAAGAUAGUACCUCUGGAAAAGAUUUGCCCUCAGAAACCUCAAGUGUAGAGAGAAAAUCAUCUCAACAACAGUGGGGUCGAGGCAACUUUACAGAAGGAAAAGUUCCUCACAUAAGGAUGGACAAUGGAGCUGCUAUUCAGGAAAUCUAUACCUUUGGAAGAAUACUGGGAAAAGGGAGCUUUGGAAUGGUCAUUGAAGCUAUUGACAAGGAGACAGAAACUAAGUGGGCAAUUAAAAGAGUGAGCAAAGAAAAGGCUGGAAGCUCUGCUGUGAAGUUGCUUGAACGGGAAGUGACCAUCCUAAAAAGUGUGAAACACAAACACAUUAUACAUCUAGAACAAGUAUUUGAGACGCCUAAGAAAAUGUACCUUGUGAUGGAGCUUUGUGAGGAUGGAGAACUCAGAGGAAUUCUGAAUAGGAAAGGUCAUUUCUCAGAGAAUGAGACCAGGUGGAUCAUUCGAAGUCUCGCCUCAGCUAUAGCCUAUCUUCACAAUAAGGAUAUUGUACAUAGAGAUCUAAAACUGGAAAACAUAAUGGUUAAAAGCAGCUUUAUUGAUGCUAAUGAUGAAAUGAACUUAAACAUAAAGGUGACUGAUUUUGGUUUAGCGGUGAAGAAGCAAGGAAGGAGUGAAGCCAUGUUGCAGACCACAUGUGGGACACCUAUCUAUAUGGCCCCUGAAGUUAUCAAUGCCCACGACUAUAGCCAGCAGUGUGACAUUUGGAGCAUAGGUGUCAUAAUGUACAUUUUAUUAUGUGGAGAAGCACCCUUUAUGGCAAGCUCAGAAGAGAAGCUUUUUGAGUUAAUAAGAAAGGGAGAACUACAUUUUAAAGGUUCAGUCUGGGAUUCCAUAAGUGAUUCUGCUAAAAGUGUUUUGAAACAACUUAUGAAAGUAGAUCCUGCUCAUAGAAUCACAGCUAAGGAACUACUAGAUAACCAGUGGUUAACGGGCAAUAUACUUUCUUCGGCGAGACCAACCAAUGUGCUAGAAAUGAUGAAAGAAUGGAAAAAUAACCCAGGAAGUGAUGAGGAAAGUACAACAGAUCAAAAGAACAACUGGUCCGGUCAAGAAAAGCUGAAAGGUUACCAACCCAGCAGAAGUAUCCAUGUCAGGAACUCUUCAGAUGAAGAGGAAGGAAAACAGCCCACUGCUUAUGAAAAGACUUCUGUGCCCAGUAAGAAGGAAAACAUGGAUGACUCGGACAUGAGUUACUCAAGUUACAUAUCUAGCAGACUCCCUUCAGUUGAACUCAAGGGAGAAAUAGAGAAACCCCCCACGACUUCAGGGCAAGGAACAGCACCCAGAGGCACUGCUAAAUCCAUUGCCCUGCCUAGAACCAAAAAGAAACUCAAACAACGCUGAACAGUACAGAAACAGAGCUGCUCUUUCUAGUGCAAUGAGGGUUUAGGAGGGGAAAAGGACAAUAGUAUGCCGAACUUUCAGCGUUUCAGCCACCCUGAGCCCUGCCAAGUGUUUGCACCAGUUUUAAAAUUGAAGCAGUCAACUCCAAAGUGGGGUUAAAGGACAGCCAGCAACAGGCCUGAUGGCUUGUGCAGCUGAAAUCAACUCAAGGUGUUUUCGAGAGUUGUUCAGAGGAGUGGAUGCCCUCAAAGCAAGGCUGUGGGCACACUUGUCCGGUUGUACUUCAGAUUCUUACAUUUAGGCACAAUUAUUUGUAGGGGAAACUGAGAGCCAGAACCUCAGUGGAGGUUCCAAAUGAUUAUGUGCACUUUGCACUAGAAGAUUUGUUAGGAAAUUACUAAUAAACUUGUCUAUAAGCAUAACAGCAGAAGUGCUUCAGCCAUUCACAUGUGUUCUUGUAAUUUUAGGUUGCUGUAGAUGGUUUAAGACAGCUUACUUUAAAUGUAGAAAAAUAGAUUUUGUAACUGUUUGCCAUUAACAUGCUGCUAAA